AUGAAAAAGGCCCAAAUAAAACAAAUCGUACCCCCGCUUCCGAGCAUUUCCCCAAGGAAACGCAGCUCGGUUGAAGGGCUUUACGCAUUUCACCAUGAGCUCCCGAGAAACAAUGUGGCCAAACUACUUUACCUUUUUACCCUCGGCGAGCGGACUCAUUUCGGCCAAAUCGAAUGUCUGAAGCUCCUUGCCUCGCCCCGUUUCGCCGACAAGCGAUUAGGACAUCUCGCGACAAGCUUGCUGCUCGACGAGAACCAAGAGGUCCUUACUCUGGUUACCAAUUCCCUCAAAAAUGACCUGUCUCACUCGAACCAGUAUGUCGUCGGCCUCGCGCUCUGUACCUUGGGCAACAUCGCCUCUGUUGAGAUGUCGCGGGACCUGUUUGCCGAAAUCGAGAACCUAGUAUCCACGGCGAACCCCUACAUACGACGGAAAGCCGCUCUGUGCGCCAUGCGGAUAUGCAGAAAAGUCCCGGACUUGCAGGAGCACUUCAUCGAGAAAGCGACACAGCUAUUAUCAGACCGAAACCACGGCGUGAUGCUAUGUGGUCUCACCUUGGUCACCAGCCUCUGCGAAGCUGACGAGGACGAGGGUGGGGAAGAAGGCAUUAUUGACAAGUUCAGGCAAUUCGUACCGGUGCUCGUUAGAACGUUGAAGGGGUUGGCAUCUUCGGGUUAUGCGCCGGAGCACGACGUCACCGGGAUUACAGACCCCUUUUUGCAGGUCAAGCUCCUGCGCCUGCUUCGAGUUCUAGCCCUCGGUGAUGCCCAGGUUACGGAGCAGAUCAACGAUAUUCUGGCGCAAGUUGCGACCAACACCGAUUCCUCCAAGAACGUCGGCAACUCGAUUCUCUACGAAGCCGUGCGGACCAUUCUAGAUAUUGAGGCGGACUCGGGCCUGCGCGUAUUGGGUGUCAACAUCCUUGGCAAGUUCCUCACCAACAAGGACAACAACAUCCGCUAUGUCGCCCUCAACACGCUCGUCAAGGUAGUGGCGAUCGACACCAACGCUGUGCAAAGGCACCGAAAUACGAUUUUGGAGUGCCUGAGAGACCCGGACAUCAGCAUCAGAAGGAGGGCUCUAGAUCUCAGUUUUACGUUGAUCAACGAGAGCAACGUCCGAGUGUUGAUCCGCGAGCUGCUGGCAUUCCUGGAGGUAGCGGAUAACGAGUUCAAACCGACCAUGACCAGCCAGAUUGGCAUUGCCGCUGACCGGUAUGCCCCGAACAAGCGGUGGCACUUUGAUACCAUGCUACGUGUUGUGACGCUGGCAGGUAAUUAUGUUAAGGAGCCUAUCAUGUCCUCCUUCGUCCGCCUCAUUGCUACGACCCCCGAACUACAAACCUACGCGGUGCAAAAGCUGUACACAAACCUCAAGAAAGACAUCACGCAAGAGAGCUUGACACAGUCUGGCGCGUGGUGCAUCGGCGAGUACGGCGAAGCCCUGCUCAGGGGCGGCCAGUACGAAGAAGAGGAACUCGUGCAGGAAGUAAAGGAGCACGAGGUCGUCGAUUUGUUUUCAACCAUUCUCAACAGCAAUUAUGCUACCCAGGUCACCACCGAGUACCUCAUCACGGCGCUGGUCAAGCUCACAACAAGGCUGUCCGAUGCAGCGCAGAUCGAGAGGGUGCGCCGCAUUCUCCAGAACCAACAAACAAGUUUGGACGUCGAGGUCCAGCAACGUGCUGUCGAAUUCGGCAACCUAUUCUCCCACGACCAAAUCCGCAGAGGUGUGCUAGAGAAGAUGCCUCCCCCGCAAAUCAAGGAGGAAUCACGCGUGUUGGGUGAGGCGGCCAAGAAGACAACCAAGGCGGCGAACCGGAAGUCUAAGGCUAUCAAGCCAAAGGAAGAAGACCUUCUUUUCGACCUCAUGGGUGACAGCAGCGGGCCCGUGCCGGCCCCGGCCAACGGCAGCGGGAAUGCGGAUCUGCUCGCAGACAUCCUAGGCGGCAGCACAUCACCUCCACCCACCACCGCUUCUCCUCCCCCCGGCCAGUCCAAACGUCGCCCUCCAUUCAUGGACCUCUUCUCCCAAGGCCCCCGCCUUCCACACCGUCCCCUGCUCAGAGCGACAGCCGGCAAACCCCCCUCCCAGCAGCCGAUCUCUUUUCCACAACAGCCUCACCACCUCCCCAAGCCGCUCCUGCCGCUGUCUCGGCGGCAGUCGGCCACCCCUGUUAUGAUAACAACGGCCUCAACGUGA